CAUUCAAACCGAUCCAUGCUUUGAGAAAGAAAUGGCUAAGAACAAUCGCUUGGUGAUGAUGGUCCGACUUCUCAUCAUCAUCAUCACGAUAACGGCCUCCGUCGCUGAUUCUGCUGUCGCUCAAAGCUACGAUCCAAUGUGCACGGAAAGUAGUAGCAGCAGCAGCAGCGGCGGCGGUAGUGCGACUUCCACCACCAAUGGCGUCUACUACUACUACAACCGCGCCUGCAGCACGGAAUACUUUCCUCCGAAUGCAACGGAGCUGCAGGGUUACAUACUGGACAGCCUCCGAUCCGGGUUCUACAAUAACAUGUUGAAUACUGCCGGCCAGCCCCGGAGUUUCUGCGAUCGCGGCCGUAAGUAUGGCUCCGAUGGUGAUCGUCCCAUCAUGGAUUAUAAAGUCGUCAAGAUCUUCGGCUACGCGUCGUGCGGCGAGGGCUACGACCCCCAGCAGUGCGUCGAUUGUUUGGAUGGCGCGAGCCAGGUGAUACGCAACCACUGCGACGGCUCUGCCGGGGUUCGUGCCUGGUCGGAGAUCUGUUGCGCUCGCUACGAGCAGGAUUACGACUUCUGUUGAAAUGGUGGGACAAAUAUUGGAUGUUUGCUGAACCGAUGCGCGCGCGGCUUGAUUGGUUUACUUUAUUGCGAUCGAGUUUUUGCUGUUUUGAGUUGUUUCUGGUACGACGAUCGACUUCCUUUUGUUCUCGUUGUUAAGCGUGACGCUUGUUUGUACGCCUCCCCUUUUAAUAAACAUCUUUAGCGUUG